GGAUUCUCCAAUUCCAACAACAAACAAGAUGGCCACCAAGCGAAAGCGCAAGCAACAGGAAGCCAUUGCGGCCGCUCCAGCAUCAAAAAGACAACAAAAGGAAGCCAAAGUACCAAAGAAGGAGAAACCAACCGCGGUCACGAAAGCUCCAGAACCCGUCGUUCCUCUCGGAGCAUCCCCAUUUCUGGAUAAUCCAAACGGUCCCGACUUGAGAAGAGAGGUGGAACUUUACAAUCUCCUCGCGAGCGAAGAUCCUUCCGAAAGACUUGCCGCGGCGACCGCGAUUGUUUCUGGUAUCCUUGGUGGGGAUGGGGUACAGGAAUCAACAUUGCAGAAACACUUGGAACGAAGAUUGUUUCGCGGGUUGGCUAGUGGUAGAAAGGGCGCAAGAUUGGGAUAUAGUGUAGUGUUGGCGGAGCUCAUGGAACAACUUUUGGGAGCGAAGAAUUUUUCGGCGACGAAGUACCCCAACUUGACCUUUGAAAAGGUUCUCAGCCUGCUGGUGGAAAAAACAAAGCCCGAGGGAGAUUUAAGUGGACAAGAAGAGAAGGAUCAUUAUCUCGGACUGCUGUUUGGACUGAAGAGUUUUGUGAGGGCCAAGAUUCUUUUCGCAGACGAUGAGCGAUGGUGGGUUAUACUGGACAAAUUGUUCGAGCUGUGCGAAAAGAAACCUUGGGUUAGAGAAGAAUGUGGGUGGAUUAUCUUGGAGGCAUUGGCACAAAUGAACCAAACGCAAGUUGAAAAAACCUUGAAAAAGCUACAAAAAGUCGGAUUAGCUGCUUCGCCUGAAGGUGUCGGCAUUUGGCUGACAGCACGAAAUUCUUUCCCGGAUAUGAAAUUUCCAUCAAAGCCAUGGGGUCACAGUGGGAAUCCCCUUCAGCACCUCAAAACUCUUGCCAAAGCAUUGAAGGAAAGUUCUUCUGAUGAAGAUGCCACGACAAACAAAAAGAGAGAGGCAGAUGCGCGCAAAAUGAACCCUACUGGAAAUUGGAAUCCGCAACUCCACUUUGUCUGGGGUCUUGUGAUGGACAAGUUUGUUGAAAAGUCCGAGGAUGCUGAUGAGGAAGGUUUGGCCGACUUUGAGAACUUUUGGAAAGUUGCAGUUGAUGGUGAGCUUUUGAUCCUUUGCCCUCGAAAGAUGACUACGCACAAGCUAACCAUACGCAGAGAGUGUGUUUUCGGCAAGCGCAUCCAGGGAACGCAAGUUUUGGGGAUUUUUACUAUUUCAAAAAAUGUUCCAGGAACAUGCAAAGUAUGAGAAACUUCUUCCGGCAGUUUUCAGUCGCAAUCUGGUCAGAUGCAUCAUCAACCAUGUCCAAGACGAGGACCGAUUUCUCAAUCGUUCAGCAGAUAAAUCGUUGAAGGUUGUGGUUCAGGCCGCACAGGCCAACCCCGAACUUUUGAAAGUCAUCCUUCCAGGCCUGAUUUCAGGACAUGGUAGCUACAAUUUUGAUAAAAUUACUAAAACAAAGACGAUUGAAAGUCUUUUGAAACUGGUGAACGACGAUAGUGCACUUUGUAUUAUCGAGACUCUUGCUAAACCAGCCUUCUCGGUUGAAGGGUGAGUCAACAAUUCACAAUAUUUACAAAUAACUACACUAACAGUAUCCCAGGAUCGAAAAUGUCCACGAAGCAGAAAUUCGACGACAACUUCUAGGCGAACAUAUCAUGGGUCUCGUAAAUCGCUUUGUUAUCAACGAUGAAUCUAGAAAUAUUGCCUGGGUCAAUGAAGCUGCUGUUCCAUUGAUGGCAGCGAUUGCGUACUGCGAAGAUGCGAGAUUUGACCCACCACCUUCACCAAAAACACGAAAGCUCUACCAAGACCGAUUGAUGACAUUGUUCUCACACUUCCUAGCGAGUUUGAGCGGUAGUAAUAUUCCCUGUGACCUUGCCAUGGACCUUAACCCUGACGCAGUGCGAAUGGACGAGGAAGUCACAGAGGCGAAGGACCGUGCUUUAUCUACCAUGAAGAAAAUCUGCAAGAAGGUCGAAAGGGUGGAUCCUGAAGACCAGGCACCUCCCCGAUCAUUGGCUCUCAUGUAUGCCCUGGUCAUCUUUCAACUUUACAAUGGGGAACCCGAUGCCAUCUCCGUGUUCGAUGAACUGAAGCUAUGUUACGAUAAGCUUGUCCGACGUAAGGACAAAGAUGAUUCCGAUAUGGAUAUUUCCGCCGUUUUGGUGGAACUUUUGUUGUCUUUCCUUGCCAAACCCUCUGCUCUUUUGCGAAAAGUCUCGCAGCACGUGUUUGGUGCCUUUAUGGGCGACAUUACGGCCGAGGGAUUACAAUUAAUGACAGAUGUUCUGGAGACCAAAGAGAGUUUAAGAGGUCAACAGGAGUUGUUUGACCAAGCGCCCGAAGAUGAAGAACCAGAGGAGGGCGAGGAUGAAGAAAUGGACUCUGAUGUGGAGGUUGUUGAUAUGAAUGGCGAAGUCGGCCAUCUUCACAACCAUCUCAACAAAUCCGAUGAUGAAUCAGACGACGAAUCAGACGACGAAUCAGAUGACGACGUUGAAGAAAUCGAAGAUCCCGAGGAUGAACAUAACGAUGAGGAAGUCAAGAGAUUAAAUGCCGCUCUCGUCGAAGCAUUAGGAACGAAAGUUCUAGUCGACGGGGAGGACUCGGAUAGUGAUGCAGACAUGACGGAUUCCGAAAUGAUGGCCCUAGAUUCCAAACUCGUUGAAAUUUUCUCCCAGCGCAAAAAGACACCCAACAAGAAGCAGGAACAGAAAGACUCCAAGGAAACCGUCACAAAUUUCAAAAUCCGUGUCCUCGACCUUCUAGAUCUCUAUGUUAAAAACCAAGCAAACAACCUUUUAGCAUUCGACCUCCUCCUCCCCCUCCUAAAACUCAUCCGCUCAACCAAGAACAAAAACCUCGCUUCUAGCGCGACAAGUAUCAUCCUCAACUUCGCGAAAUCAGCCAAGAAGGCCGGAGCACCUAAAGAUGUGGACAUCGGAACUGACAUCAACAUCCUGAAAGCCAUCCACGCGGAAGCGGGGAAGGACAACUCGAAGGUCUUUGCUAAGGCUGUUAGUACGGCUAGUUUGCUCAUUGCUUCCACGCUUUACAAGACGGAUAAGACGACUGUGAAGAGGGUUGCGGAGGUGUAUAUGGAGAGUCAAAUUCGAGUUGCUGAGGGGGGGAAAAUUGUGAACUCGGUGUUUGUGGAUUGGUGUAAUUGGUGUCAGAAUAGGACGAAUUCUUGAGCGGUGCUGGGGGCUGGGUCUGUGUAUUAUUUAGUUGAAAGUGGCUACAGAGGUGGCGAUAUGAAAUA